GUGACAGCUGGGCUUGCUGCGCUCCGCUUCAGUCUGGUAAGAAGCUUCAUCUCCAAAUAGGAUGACCGUCGGCUUUUGUGGAAGGGACUGCGUUCAGCUCCGUAGCUAGUUCUGGGACACCCGGUUGUUUGUGUUCGUACAGUUUACCUGAGGGAAGUUUACGAGGCAAAGCGUCCUUUUUUGUCACUAGUGUGGAUUUCCGAUGGAUAUUCCGAUUUGAGUGGUGUGAUUUGAGCGCGGCAUGUAACAAAAAGAAGCGCAUGAGAAAAGUAGCGCUCGUAUUGUUAUCCUAAAGCGAGCACCAUCUGAACUGCUUUGAGGGACACAUCUCAUGGAUUACUAAAAGGCAGAGCUGUGUAACCACUCCGAGGGAUAUCCAUUCAUGAGCUGAAGGCUGAGGCAAAUCUCUAGUAGAGGACCAGCAGCAGCAGUGUUGGUGCGACCAUGAGGUCAGAGGCCUUGUUACUCUACUUCACACUACUGCAAAUAGCCGGGGCGGGCUUCCCCGAAGACAGUGAGCCUAUUAGCAUCUCACACGGCAACUACACAAAGCAGUAUCCAGCAUUUGUAGGCCACAAACCUGGAAGGAACAACACGCAGCGGCACAAACUGGACAUUCAGCUCAUCAUGAUUAUGAACAGGACAUUAUACAUCGCUGCCAGGGAUCAUAUAUACACAGUGGACACAGACACUGCCAACAGUGAAGAGAUAUUUUUCAGUAAGAAAAUGACAUGGAAGUCCAGACAGGGAGAUGUGGACACUUGCAGAAUGAAAGGGAAGCAUAAGGAUGAGUGUCACAAUUUCAUCAAAGUCCUUCUGCAGCAAAAUGAAGACACCUUAUUUGUUUGUGGAACAAAUGCUUUCAACCCCUCCUGUCGGACCUACAAGAUUGACACCUUGGAGGCUCAGGGAGAGGAGAUCAGUGGAAUGGCGCGCUGUCCGUAUGAUGCCAAGCACGCCAACGUUGCCCUCUUUGCUGAUGGCAAGCUGUACUCGGCCACCGUUACAGACUUUCUAGCGAUCGAUGCGGUCAUCUAUCGUAGCCUUGGAGACAGCCCGACUCUGCGCACUGUCAAACAUGACUCCAAAUGGCUGAAAGAGCCCUACUUCGUCCAGGCAGUCAAUUAUGGAGACUUCAUUUAUUUCUUCUUUAGGGAAAUUGCUAUGGAGUACAAUACAAUGGGAAAGGUGGUGUUUCCACGGGUGGCGAGGGUUUGUAAGAACGACCGAGGCGGAUCGCCGCGUGUUCUGGAGAAGCAGUGGACCUCGUUUUUAAAGUCUCGCCUGAACUGCUCCAUCCCUGGCGACUCCCAUUUCUACUUCAACAUCCUGCAGGCUGUGACCGAUGUCAUUCACAUCAAUGGGAGGGAUGUAGUGAUGGCAACUUUCUCCACGCCUUACAACAGUAUUCCAGGUUCGGCAGUGUGUGCCUAUGACAUGGCGGAGGUGGCCAACACGUUCACAGGGCGUUUCAAAGAACAGAAAUCACCAGACUCCACCUGGACACCUUUUCCUGAAGAGAAGGUUCCCAAGCCAAGGCCUGGCAACUGUGCUGGUACUCCACCGAUGGAGAGGUAUAAGGUAUCCAAUGAGUUCCCCGAUGACACACUCAACUUCAUCAAGAUGCAUCCUCUGAUGGACGAGGCCGUACCCUCCAUUGCUAACAGGCCCUGGUUUCUCAAGACCAUGGUUCGGUAUCGUCUGACGCGCAUUGUGGUGGACAAUGAGGCAGGGCCGUAUAAAAACCACACAGUAGUAUUUCUGGGGUCUGAGAAAGGCAUCAUCCUCAAAUUCUUGGCCAAGAUGAACAACGGCUUCCUCAACGAGAGCCUGUUUCUUGAGGAGCUCAGUGUCUACAACCCUGACAAGUGCAGCAUAGAUGGAGUAGAAGAUAAGCGCAUCGUAGGUAUACAGAUAGACAGCAAGAGUCACGCUCUGUGGGUCGCCUUCACCUCCUGUGUGGUUAAAGUGCCGCUCUCUCGGUGUGAAAGGCACGGGCGGUGCAAGAAGUCCUGUAUAGCCUCCAGAGACCCAUAUUGUGGUUGGGUCCCAGAAGGAGCCUGCAGACAGGUGGUUGGCAACACUAAAUCAGCCUUUGAGCAGGACGUGGAGCAUGGCAACACAGAUGGCCUGGGUGACUGCCAAAAUACAUUUGUGGCCCUGAAUGACGUCCCUUCCAGUUACGAAGGCCACCAUCACCACCGUCACCACCACACCCUCUCCCUUCCCACCUCGGCCCUGCCUGAGGCCGCGGAUGGCCCCCUGGGCCGGGGCCGCAUGGUGGAGCGGAAGGACCCCCCCAUGAGUUCAGACAAAGGGGAGGACCCCUACAUGGCCGUACCCUCUCAGACUCAGCCAGAAGCCAAUGGCGUGAUCCGUGAGAGCUACCAGAAGGGUCGUGACCAGCUGGUUCCUGUAACCCUCUUGGCCAUCGCCGUUAUCCUAGCAUUUGCCAUGGGCGCCAUCUUUUCUGGCAUCAUUGUCUACUGCGUCUGUGACCAUCGUCGUCGAGACAUGGACCUGACGGGCCGUAAAGAAAAGGACACCCACCACCUCCACUCCCGCCGGGGAUCCAUGAACAGCGUAACCAAGCUGACGGGUCUGUUUGAGACGCAGGCCAAAGAAGGUCGCCCCGAGGCAAUUCUCACACCUUUGAUGCACAAUGGAAGACUGACGCCAAAUGGGAAGAUGCUCAUAAAAGCAGACCAACACCACCUGGACCUUGCGGCUCUGCCAACGCCUGAAUCCACCCCCAUGCAGCCGCGUCGUAAGCCCAGCCGGGGAAGCCGUGAGUGGGAGAGAAACCAGAACCUCAUCAACGCGUGCACCAAGGACAUGCCACCAAUGGGGUCGCCUGUUAUCUCUACCGACCUGCCGCUGAGGGCCUCACCGGGGCACAUCCCUAGCGUUGUAGUCCUACCUUUGCAGCAGCAUCAGCACCAGCUUCAGCCUCAUCUGCAACAGCACCAGCAGUCCUACCAACAUGAGUAUGUGGAGCAGCCCCAUCACAGUGAUAUGAGCAUGGGCCACGGUGUACUGGACGACCAGGGGGCCACCCUGGAGUACAAGACAAGCAAGAGCCCGUGCCACAACCUCAACAUGGCUGAUCCAGAUGUGGUGCUGCCACCUCGUGUGCCCCAGCGGGAGGCCUCUCUCACCAUCCCACCUGCUGUCCCACAGAUGGGCAAACGCCUGGAGGUCCACUCGUCAGUCUACGGGCUUCGGAAAGGAUCAGCAUCUGGUGCUUGUGGAUCCUCCGCCCUCAAGAAACACAACACCAACUCCUCUAACUCCUCCCAUUUGGCGAGACAUCACAGCUUCAACCGUGUUGAGACUCCACCACCUGCACCUCAGAGGGUGGACUCCAUACAAAUGACAGCACAGGGCAUAUCUCUGUCAAGGCAGCCUGGAAUGAGCUCCUACGGAUCACUGCCUCGAACGGGCGUCAAAUAUCUCAAGCCUGAUGUCCCCCCCAAACCCUCUGUAGUCUCGCUCUCCACAAAAGUCAAGUCCAGUGACUCUGGCACAUAGUUGGGUUGUUAGCCUGUCGGUCCAAUGUGAACAGACAGUAGUGAAAGGCGUUUUCUGGCAGAGAGAAAAAACAGGGAAUACUGUACAACUUGCAUCUCCUUUUUGUGUUUUUGUUUGUUUUUUGGUGUACAGUACAGUGGAAAUGCAA